AUGAUGAACUGGGAAGCAACCUUGCUUAAGUUUUCCCCUGCCAGUAACAGCCUCUUCACCAUCAAGCCUCCUGCUGUGCCUUCUCGUGGAAACACAGAUACACAGGGUGUUGUGGUGUUUCUUGGUCACCAACAAGGGGAGCAGCUGGCUAGGCUGGUGGAGAAUGGCACAAAGAUCUACAUUACCAUCAACAAAGGCCAAGAAGUGAAGUACAAGAUCACCAACAUCAAUAGCCAGAUUCGUGGGGAGGAAUUCGUGGAGAGUAACCCCGUGUGUGAGAGAGGGCAGGUGUUGCUCGACUGUCUUAUUGUGACGUCGGUGUUGUUCGUGUCUGUCUCCUUCAUAAUCUUGAUGGUGAUCUCUCUGGCGUGGCUUCUCUUCUACUACAUCCAGAGGUUUAGAUACAUUCACGCCAAGGACCGUCUGGCCCGACACCUAUGUAACGCCGCCAAGAAGGCUCUAGCCAAGAUCCCUGUCAAGAACCUCAAGUCUGGUGACAAGGAGGUGGCGACAGAGAGCGAGUGUUGUGCUGUGUGUAUUGAACCUUACCAAGUGUCAGACAUAGUGAGGACCUUACCCUGCCAGCAUGAGUUCCACAAGAACUGCGUCGACCCCUGGCUGUUGGAGCACCGCACAUGUCCCAUGUGUAAAAUGGACAUUCUGAGGUUUUAUGGAUAUGUGUUGAGUGACAGUGAGGAGAGCGUCCUGCAGCUGGACAUGAUGGAGGACACUCCUGCUGGGGAAACUGAAGGUCGCCUGCCAACACCGCCGCCUCCUCCAGCAGCACACACUCGCUCUAUGCCUCAUGUCUCCCAGGUCAUUAAUGCCGCCACCAGAAUCGCAACCAGUGGAGUUAACUCAUGGAAGACCGAAGCCAGCACAAGCAUCAUGGGGAAAAGGACUGGGAGCACACAGAACAUGCUGGUGACCACGAAUAGAGGAAAUCUGCAUAGAUGGCUCAGGGAAACCAUAACCGACAAUGGAAGUGAUGACCAGUGUGAAGAACCCAACAAUUGCGAGUUGUGA